AUGUACGAACAGGCUCAGAAUUGUAAUGUAAGUUGGGUUUUUAAUUUUAAAAAAAUUUAGAUUUUUUAAUUUUAAAAAAAAUUUUAAAACACCCCGCUACUAAAAACUUUUUUUGGCGCUAGGACAAAUGCGGUUUUUGGACAUUUGCGGAUUUUUUAAAGGGGUUUUUUUAUUUUUUAGUUUAUUUAUUUGUAUUAUGGUAAUAAAUGGUACUAAAGUUUAAAUUGGUACGGUUUUAAUAUUUUUUAGUGUUAAAUAGUACUAAAUAUUAAAUUGAUACUGUUUAAAAAUUUUUUUCAAUUUUUUACCCCGCCCACGCCCACUCCCACUCCCCAAAAAAAUUUUUGUGAAAAGAUUUUUCCUACGCCUUUUUUUAAAAUAAAAAAAAUUAAAUUCUAAGAAAAAAAAAUGUUUUUCUUUUUUACCCCGCCCACGCCCAUAACACAAAAUUAAAAAAAAAAUUUCUACAAUUUUAAAAAUUAUUUUAUUUUGUCUACCCUCCUCUCCCCUCCAACCAAAAAUAAAUUACCCUACCACACCCUGACCUACCUAAAACUUAAAUUUAGGAGUCGAUGGAAACCCUAAAGUCUCAACUAAUCUAUGUUGAAACCUACCGUAUAUACCUGCAAAACCUGACAGUCAACCGUACAGCACGUUAUGCGCCCUACCGACCGCCGAAUCAAAGUGGUGGUUAUGCUGUACCGCCGAAGAAGCCUUGUUGUAUCCCAGGCCCACCUGGAACACCCGGUCGACCUGGCCAUAAUGGACUCCCUGGCGUUCCUGGAGCUGCAGGAGUACCUGGACAGCCGGGCAAAAUGGGGCCUGUACCUUGUGAUGGUAGGUGCUACGCUAACCUACCCUACUCUAUCUUACAGAACCCUACUCUAUCCUACAGUACCUUAUUCUAUUUUACAGUACCCUACUUUAUCCUACAGUACCCUACCCUACAGUCCUCUACCCUAUCCUACAGUAUCUUACCCUGUCUUACAGUACUCUAAUCUAUUAUAUUUUAGUUUGCUUUGCAGUACCGUACUCUACCUUGCCUUACGAUAUUCUAACCUUACAAUUCCUACCGUACCUCACAAUGCUCUACCCCACCUUACAGUACCUAACCAAAUUUACCCUCAAAGAAAAAGCAUUUCAGCUAUUCCCGCCUGCCCGCCAUGCCCAAUUGGUGAGCCAGGACCGCCAGGUCCGACCGGCGAGCCUGGUGACGAAGGUGUGCCAGGACUACCAGGACGAGAUGGAAGGCCAGGAGAAACGGGUCCGUGUGGUACUACUGGACCUCCCGGACCACCAGGACCCGCUGGCUUACCUGGACAGCGAGGCGACACGGGAGUCACGCCUGUCGCUGCACCACCUAUACCUGGACCGGCUGGUAUGAGAGGGGUAGGUUAAAAUUUUUGAAGAGAUAUUGGGCGGGGUAAAUUUUUGUAUUUUUUAUGAAGAAGGGGGGGGGAGAGGAUUACAAAUAAAAAAUUUUAAAAAAGUGUUGGGCGGGGUAAAUUUUUUAAUUUUUUUUGGGUAGGGGGACGUUAAAAUUUUUUUUAAAAAAAAAGUAAUGGUAAUACCAAAAAUGCCUUACAGAUUACAGUAAAAAAAUAAAUUUUAAAAAAUUUAGCCACCAGGUCCGCCCGGCCCGCGAGGACCUCCAGGACCCGCCUCAACUGACUAUGACCUGAUCCCAGGUCCAAAAGGACCUAAAGGUUUGCCUGGACAAGAUGGAAUACCCGGUCCAGCUGGUCCACCUGGACCGGCCGGACCUCCCGGUUCUCCGGGCGAACUUGGAGUAUGUCCGAAUUACUGCGCAGUAGAUGGCGGAGUCUUUUACGCUCCGGGUGGAGUGGCAAAGGUGCGAGAUUUUGAUAUUAACAGCGACGUUGGUCGGUAUCGACGGACUUUUAAACAGAAUAAAGUGUGA